GUUAAGGAUUCUUCAUCUGGAUCUGAAUAUGAGUAUAAAUACCAACUAAAUGUAAACAAGAAGAAAAUAAAAAAGAAGAAGUUUGAGAUUCUUAAAUCCUCAAGUCAAAACACAGACACAGGGUUUGGAGAGGAGGGUGUGGAUUGGGAGUUAGAACAAGAGCUGGAGAACGAUGUUAUUGUGUUGGUGUACCCGUACACUACACGAGUGAGAAACAGGUUUCGCGGAUUUCCGAACAAGUUCGUGGAUGAUUUAAUGGCAACAGCUGCAGAAGGUGUUCUGGGGUUUAUAUCUAUCUUUAGCGUCUGUUGGUGCGUAGAGGAUUUGGCUAAAAUACAAAUAGCUGUUACUGCAGCUACACCUCUACCUCUAGAAGAUGAAUAUUUGCCUGAAAACCAUCCUCUUCGAAAACUAAGAAUCAGAGAUAACCCUGCAGUGGACGCUCUCCCAGGAACAAUAGGAAAAGAAGUUACAGUGCUUUCUGGACUAUUCAUAAAUCUUCAAAAACUAAUAAGAGGUGUAGUUUACUUUCAUUGGAAGUUCUAUCAUGAUCUGUUCAGCACACUACAGCUGGGGGUCAUCUUCUCCAUAUACAUAAUCUAUCCUGGCUCUCUAGAGUUCUUCAGAUUCUUGAGGAACCCAAGAAGAUCUGGAUCAUCAACAGUAGCAUUCUCUUCUGCUAAGAAAUCUGAAUCAAUGGCUUCCAGUACCACCAAAAAAGAUUCUAAGAUUCAAGCCGACUCCGAACCAAGCACUGUUGAGUCAGGUUCAAGAAGAUCUAAAGUGUCAAUGGUGGUUGGUUUAGUGUUUCUUUUUGCUGCUUCUAUCACUUCAACUAUUAACAAAAUAGUGCGGGAAGUAUCUGAGAUGCUUGAGGAAAGGCAGAAAAGAAAAGCUGAAGAAAGUAUUCCAAUCAGAGAAUUCCCAGAACCAGAGAUAACCCAAAAUUUAACAAAGGAAGUGAAAAUCUCUCAAACUGUGCCUGGUCCUGUUUGCAAAAAUGAGACACAAGAUUACAGCUUGCCAAGAAAUCCAGAAACUAGAGAUAGUGUAGAAGCUCCUACACUCAAAAUAAAGCGUAGAAACACUUUGAAGAAUAUGAAAUGUGACACUAACAAAGAACGCCCUCUUGAUAUCCUUAAACGAGAUAUGAGAUCUGAAAUAUCCAUGGAGAAAAGGAUGACUGAAACAGAGGUUUUGGCAGAGACUCCUAAAAAAGAAGUGAUUGCUGAGCCGGUCAUUGUUUCAGGUCCUUGGAUCCAGGAAAAUGCUUUUGUGCCAGGAUACAAGGAAAAAGAAGAAAAUAAUGUGUUUGAGAAGUCUGGAGUAUAUGAACGGGAGAAAACUCCUCCAAAACCUAAAACAUUAUUUGAGGCUGCUAUACCAACCUCUUCGGUGUUUGUAAGGGAUCCGGAAAAAGAAAUAUUUGAUGUGAGGGCCAGGAAUUCUCCUUCACCAAGGAACUCCAGGAAUUUUAAAGAUACUCAGAUUGACGAACCUGGACAACUCGCAUUGGCGGGAAAUAUUCACAUGUCUAUGUAUAAUAUACAUGCGGCAUGUGAACAUGAGGAAGACAACAGAGAAGAAUUAAGAUUUGAGAGUCCUAAUCCCACAACACAAUAUAGAAACACAGAUCUAGAAGAUAUGGACAGUGUUCACAUCAUUUCUUCACAAAGACCCCUGGCUGUUAGGGAGGGGAGCUGUCAGUAUGAAAAAAGAACGAAGUCUCCAGAUUUUAAAGAAAAAUACUCAGUCAAAAAUGAAAUUGCCCAGCUAAGGCAAACUGUAAGAGAUGAACUUAUCAGCAUUCGCUCAGACGAACCAGAUGAGGCGAUCUCUUUGGGAGAAUCAGAUGAUGAGUAUGAGAGGAUUAUUGUGAUGAAAUAUGAAAAAGAACUGGAAUCUAAAUUUGGCAGGAAGAGAGAAACAGAGGUGAAGAAUAAUGUUCCAAGAAGAAAGCAUUCAAGAGGAAGAAUAGUCCCAGCAGUAGAAAACAAAGUAGAGGGGUUCCAGGACUCCUCUCCAGAGAAGGAUUGGGAGUUUUUGGACAGAGAAGAUUUAAGUUCAGAUGAGGAGGUACACGAGUCUGAAGGAAAAGCUACGAGCUUUAACCAGAGGAGCUCCCAAAUGUUAGAGGAUAACAGUAGAGUAGAAUCAGAAAAUUGUCAACAAAGUGAUUCAAAAGAACGGAAGCAACAUGACCCAAGAAACAGAAGAGAGUCUGAGUUGCGAAGCUCUAGUUUAAACAGAAACAGAAGCUCUAGUCUAAACAGAAACAGACAUUCGGGAGAGUUCUCAAAUUAUUCCAGAGGUUCCGGACAAAUUUCACCAGCAACAUCCCUUCAAAAUUUUCAGAUAAGGAGGCGGGAUUCCUUCCUGGAUCUAAGCCUUGAUGGCCCAAGAACUGCAGAGAGUCUAGACAGAAUUCAGUUGGCAACCUUGAGAUCGACAUUGGAUGAGACAGCAGCAACGUUGAAAAAAGCAAUCUCUGAAAAGAAUAUUGCUCAAGCAACAACACAGGAGUUAACAGACACGCUUCAUGAUACUGCUGAACUACUUAGUAAGACCUCACAGGUUCUUUCCCAUACUGCCAGAUCUACAAUAGAGCAGCUUGGUUAG